AUGGUAACUCAAGUAAUCACAACUACAACUACAACAUCAAGCAUAAGCGCCUCAACACCCAAUCCCUAUAAAGCUGCAAAGGAAGCUUUGGACCGUGAUGGAUUCGUAAUUCUCUCAGCCUCCCUCUUUCCCUCCUUCGAUCUCGAUGCCCUCCAAACAGCAGCGUCCCACAUGGCCACUGCCGCCCGCUCAGGAAAGUGGCCAUACAUUCGCACUCUACCCAAACAAUUCCCACCAUGGCCACAAGAUCCGUCUCAAGGGAUAUGGGGCGUACAGCACCUACUCCACCCCUCGAAUCCCUCGCACUCGCUGUUUGCACAAAGCUACUUCGACCCGGAGCUACUCAGGUACGCAGCCGCACUGAUCGGGUGCGCUGACGACGACCUGACAAUGGAAUUGUACAAUAUGCUUGUCCGUCCAGAUGCCGACUUUGCACUGCGCUGGCACCGCGACGACAUUCCCGCUUCCGCCACUGCUGCAGAGGAACUACAAAGACUCAGCAGACCGGGUUAUCACGCUCAGUGGAACCUGGCGCUCUACGAUGACAGCAGUCUUGUUCUCGUUCCUGGGAGCCAUAAGCGUGCGAGAACUGAUGCCGAGAGGGACGCUGAGCCGUAUGAACCCAACAUGCCGGGCCAGAUAACCGUGCAUUUGAAGGCUGGACAGGUUGCGUUCUAUAAUAACAACAUCCUACACAGGGGUGUAUAUGAUAGCAAAAAGGAGAGGUUGACGUUGCAUGGAAGUAUUGGGACGGUGGCUGCGGGUGGGGAGCGGGCGAGGAAUGUGCUGCAGCACGGGGUAGGAGAGUGGGCGAAGGAGGAUGAUUUCGGGGAGUUGGAGCCAGAGAUGAGGGCAAGGGCGACGUGGAUGAGGGAAAGACUUGUGAAGUUAGGCAGUCAGAGCGGGGAUGUGGGAUUCUUCUCCAAAGAUGAGUGA